CCACGUCCCGACGCCCGGUAGACGCCAGAACCCAAAAGACAGACGUACAGGCACUCCGCCCCCCCUUUGCCUUUCUGUCUUGGGAUAUUCCCAUCUUCCUCUGCCCUCCUUCCACUCGUUUGUUCUGAAUCCUUUUCUACAUAAUUCUUGCUCUCUAUCAUCCUGUACCAGGUAGAUACGAGCACACUCACAAUGGCUCCGGCUGUCACCGAGUCCGCGUCCCCUAUCGGGAUUGCGAAUCUUCCCAACCAACGGCACAAGAUUGUCGCUAAAAGGGGGGCCGCCUUCACUAUUAUGGUUGCAGGUGAAUCUGGAUUGGGCAAGACUACUUUCAUCAACACGCUCUUUUCCACCACCAUUAAGAACUAUGCCGAUCACAAGCGCCGUCACGCCAAGCAGGUCGACAAGACAGUUGAGAUUGAAAUUACCAAGGCUGAGCUGGAGGAGAAGUUCUUCAAAGUCCGUCUGACUGUUAUUGAUACCCCUGGUUUUGGAGACUAUGUCAACAACCGCGACUCCUGGCAGCCCAUCAUCGAAUUCCUCGAUGACCAGCACGAGUCUUACAUGCUUCAAGAGCAGCAGCCUCGCCGGACGGAAAAGAUCGACCUCCGUGUGCACGCCUGCCUUUACUUCAUUCGCCCAACCGGACACACCCUGAAGCCCCUGGACAUUGAGGUCAUGAAGCGACUGAGCAGCAGAGUCAAUCUGAUCCCCGUCGUCGCAAAGGCUGACACCUUGAGCCCCGCCGACCUUGCAAAGUUCAAGCACAGAAUUCGGGCCGUGAUCGAAGCUCAGGGAAUUAAGAUCUAUCAGCCGCCUCUUGAGGAAGACGAUGACGCAGCGCUUCAGCAUGCACGGAGUCUCGUUGCCGCCAUGCCUUUCGCGGUUAUCGGGUCGGAGAAGGAUGUCAAGAGCGCCGACGGCCGCGUUGUCAAGGGCCGACAGUACGCCUGGGGUGUCGCCGAGGUGGAGAACGAGGACCACUGCGACUUCAAGAAGCUUCGAUCCAUUUUAAUCCGUACGCACAUGCUCGACCUGAUUCACACGACGGAGGAGCAACACUACGAGGCCUACCGUGCCCAGCAGAUGGAGACCCGGAAGUUUGGCGAGGCCCGGCCCCGCAAGCUGGACAACCCCAAGUUCAAGGAGGAGGAAGAGAACCUCCGGAAACGUUUUACGGAGCAAGUCAAGAUCGAGGAGCAGCGAUUCCGACAAUGGGAGCAGAAGCUCAUUGCCGAGAGAGACCGCCUCAACAAGGACCUGGAGACCACUCACGCAGCAAUCAAACAGCUCGAGGGAGAGAUGGAGCAGAUGCAGGGAAGCGCUGUUCGCAGCUAUGGACGUGGCCGUUAAUUCGGUUUGGAGGCUUGCCAGAUCCCUCUGCAAUAAUUGUGAGAUGGCCAUGGUGGCCAAGAUGGUCCGCCUUGAACACCCAUGCUGUGUUGCCAAUAUUUUGGUGCGGCGAAGGUACUUAAUUUGAGAAGGCAUAUUAUUGGUAUCCAGCAAAUCAUUUUUAGCUUUAGCGCUUCUUCUUCGGCCAACGGACAUGCCGUUGAUUUUUCAGAUACCUUGUAGUCACGAUAU